AUGGCUGCAUUUAGUAGUAAAGAAUACAUUUUUCCUUCCUUUCACCAAUCUAUCGAAAAUGUGACAGUUCCCCUAGGACGAGAGGCCAAACUAAUAUGCAUUGUGGAUAACCUAGGACACCAUAGAGUAAGGUGGCCUGGCUUUCGAUUGGAGACGAAGACCAUCCUUACUAUCCAUCGCCACGUUAUCUCGCGGAACUACCGGAUCACAUUAAGCCAUAGCGAACACCGCAUCUGGGAUUUUGCACCGAAUGAUGUCCAGGAGGUGGACGCUGGUGGAUAUAUGUGCCAGGUUAAUACGGUACCCAUGCUCAGUCAAGUUGGGUACUUGGAUGUCGUGGUUCCACCUGACAUCAAGGACACGGAAUCCAGCUCCGACGUGAUAGCGCGGGAGGGGACAGACGUCUCCAUGACCUGCAAGGCCAAAGGGAAGCCGAAGCCCACGCUUUCGUGGCGGAGAGAAGACAACCUGCCAGUUGCAAUCGGGAACUGGCAAGCCAAGCACAAAGAGACCCUUCAUCAUGGCGAAACGUUGACUAUCAAGAAAGUAAGCCGACUGCAUAUGGGAGCUUAUCUGUGCAUUGCUUCAAACGGGGUGCCCCCUGCUGUUAGCCGACGAAUUUUGUUGCAAGUUAAUUUUCCCCCCAUGAUGUGGAUUCCAAAUCAACUGGUAGGUGCCCCCCUAGGUAGCAACGUGACCAUUGACUGCCACACCGAAGCUCAUCCAGAAUCCAUUAACUACUGGACCAAGGAUGAGGGCACGCCCAUUCAGGACGGCAACAAGUACAAGGUGGUCAACGACAUAUCUUCCUACAAAGUCCACAUGAUGCUCACCGUGAAGAACUUAGGACACUCGGACUAUGGAACGUACAUGUGCUUCGCUAGGAAUUCUCUAGGUACGACUGAAGGAUCGAUUAGGAUAUACGAAAUCCAUGUUCCUCAACUUGUGAAGGAGCCUUCCACGGCUAAAAUUCAGAGCGUAGAUGGGACAUCAGGGAUUGGAUCGACGCCGAGACCUGACGACUCUUACUGGGACGACAAAACAGAAACAAGUUCGCAGAUGAUGAACUUAUCAGUGGAUGAUCCCGUUAAAGGAUUCUUCAUCGUCGAUGUAUUUGUGAUAAUUAAUUGA